ACCGACUACAUAUCUUCCUCGGCAGCCGGUUCAGUCCGAAAAGUAUCCCUGCGAAUUGAAAACCUGUACUAUUUCAGCCAAUUGCGACUACAAUCCGCGAUACUCGACUGGAAACCAGCAGCGGAGACGACCCUUGAGCUCAGUAACCAGUCUUUCCGCACACCAAGGACGGCACAGGACAAGAUGGCAGGACGCGUGCGACACCCAAUCGACCAGCAGGCGCUGGAACGAUAUAUCGAGAAGAAUGUACCGCAGAUCAAGACGCCAUUGGAGAUCAAACAGUUUGGCUUUGGCCAGUCAAACCCGACAUACCAACUCACCGACGCGACGAACAAGCGCUUCGUGAUGCGCAAGAAACCCCCCGGAAAGCUCCUCUCCAAGGCCGCGCACAAGGUGGAGCGCGAGCACCGCAUAAUUCACGCCCUCGAGCCCACCGACGUGCCGGUCCCCAAGGCCUACUGCCUUUGCGAGGACGAGUCGGUCGUCGGCACCGCGUUUUACAUAAUGGAGUUCCUCGACGGGCGCAUCCUCGAGGACCCGGCCAUGCCCGAGGUGUCGUCGCCCGAGGAGCGCAAGGCGCUGUGGAAGGCGGCGACGCUGACGCUGGCGAAGCUGCAUAGGGUCGCGCCCGAGGACGUCGGGUUGCAGACGUUUGGGAAGAAGAGCGGCUUCUACGAUCGGCAGAUUCAGACGUGGACUACGAUUUGCAAGAGCCAGGCGGCGGCGGUGGAUCUGGAGACGGGGGAAAAGGUUGGGGAUUUGCCGCAUUUUGGGGAGAUGGUUGCGUUUUUUAGUGAUAAGAGUCGGCAGCCUAAGGACCGAGGCACCUUGAUUCAUGGAGAUUAUAAGAUUGAUAAUCUCGUUUUUCACAAGACGGAGCCGAGGGUCAUUGGCAUCUUGGACUGGGAAAUGUCCACCGUAGGCCACCCCCUCUCCGACCUCUGCAACUUCCUCCACCCCUACUUCACCGCCUCGCGCGCGGGAAGCGGCCUCUACGCCAACGACGGCUUCCUCCCCGGCGCUACCCCGGGUCUGCCGACGAUCGAGGAGAUUGUCGGGUGGUACACGGCCGAGGCGGCGCAGGCUCCUGCGGGUUCCCCCGUGGGCGGCGGGUGGACGCCCGCGACGGAGCUGUCGUGGGGUGCGGCGUUUAGUCUGUUCCGGCUGGCGGGCGUGUGUCAGGGCAUCGCGGCAAGGGCGGCGCAGGGCCAGGCGAGCAGUGAGCAGGCAAAGAGGUUUGCUGUUACGAGGGGGCCGUUGGCGGAGUUUGCUUGGGAGCUCGUUGGGAGGAGUCAGGCUGAGAGUGGGGGGAAGGCGAAGUUGUGAGGAGGGGUUGGGCUGGUGUAAGCAAGUAGCGGUUGGUAGAUUUAAAUCAUGCAUGAGAUUAG